AUGCCCCAGUACAACGUCAUUAUCUACGACCGCCCCGAUGCUAACCGGUUGGAAGUGAGACCUAAACACUUUGCCGGUAUCCCCCAGCUUGUGGAAGGUGGGGCUUUGCUCGCUGGCGGCGCCAUCUUCAAAGACGACUCGUGUCUGUUGGACCUGUUUGCCGGCUCGUGGUUGCACGUUGAAGCUGAAACUCAACAGGCGGUGAUGGAAAUCCUUAAACGGGAUCCCUACGCGGUCGAAGGGGUGUGGGACCUUCAUAAUGUGAUCAUCCACCCGAUGACGGCGGCGGUAAGAUUGCCGGUUCGUUUCCCUGGCGUCGAUGAAAAGAUGUACCAAAAGACCAAAUAA